AUGGCGAAGGUUGUGGCCAGCAUCAAGGCCAUCGUCACCAGGGUGGUGUUCGGAAGUCACGGUCUGCUCGCCAUUUGGCAGGUCACCAUUCUCAAGAAGGACCUCCACUUUUGGUACUUGUCUGCACCCAUUCUGCUGCUUUUCUUCGAGGGAAUUUUCACACUGACCAUCAAAAGGAGCCAAGAGUGGAAAUGGUUUUGCCCGAGUGUUUUUCUGUACUUGGCCAGUGUGGUGCCUGCCAUUUGGCUCCUGGAACUGGACAAGUUGGACAAGAGGUACUUUAAUAAGGGUGGCGACCUGAAUGCGACAACUCCCGAGGGACUGCAAAAACUGGACCAACUUUUAGGGAUUUCCGCCUUGAACAUUUCUCCGGACACGUGGCUGACCUUAAUCGAGCAGUUCCUGAUGCUGAUUUUGAUUCUGGGCCGGUGGAUGUUGCCCAAGGGAGACCUGACGAGGGACCAACUUUCCCAACUGCUACUCGUGUACAUCGGAACGGCCGCCGACAUAAUCGAGUUUUUCGACACAUUCCAGGAUGAAACGAUUGGGAAACAUCCUGUGCUACCAGCACUGACUUUGGCUAUUUGGUCGUGGAGUCUCCUGCAGUUCACCGUGGUGCUCACGGCAACCAAAUCUUCGAGACGCUCCAGAAUUUCGGCCCCGGCGCAAACUUCCAAUAGACGAAAAGGCAAAAAGAAAAGAGGACGUAAAGGGGCGGCCGCCUAUUGUUGUUCGGUCGAUGUCUGGGCAAUCGUGAUCAACAUCCUCCUGCAAGACGCGCCAUUCGUCAUUUUCAGAGGCCUCCUGAUCGGCUACUACCGCAUCAUCAGCUACAUGAACAUUUUCUUCACGUGCAAAAACACCCUGGUCAUCGCCCUGCAGUUGUACAGACUGUACGUGGUGUUCGCCGAGAAGAGGAACAAACUGAAGAAGCAGCAAAAGCUGGCGAAAGGCAAGAAGAACAACAAACGAGACCCUUCGCCGGACAUUUCGUUCGUCCUGGCCAACGCCGCCAAAUACGGGCUGGAUUUCGAGACGGCCGCUCCGAAGUCCAAAAAGAAAGGCCAGAAGCAACGCAACGCCAACUACGGUUUGGCGUCAUGCUCAGAACUGCUGGGUGUUGCUUCAAACCCAGCCAGUCGCCUUGAUACCGGAGGUCAAAGGCUGAACCGGCGGAAAUCUGUGAGCGCAAACGACUUGCACGAAUUGGAGUUGGGCGAAGAGGAGGAAUAUCUGAGCGAGGACGAGCAAGAAACGGCCCGGGUGGGCAAAGAGGAGCAAAGCAGCGAGGAGGAAGACGCCCCCGAGGAACAGGGCGACUCGUUUUCCGAGGAGGACGACCCCCUGGCCGAAUUCACCCCUGCCCAAAUCAGCUCGAUUCUCAGCGCAGCCGCAAAUUCGAAGAGGAGUCGAGCAACAGUUGCGCCCGCUCGGGGAUUGCGACAGGACACGGGCUACUCGACCGCCACUUCUAGUUCACGAUCACGCGUCUCUGCAAAAAAGAAUCCAAAGACGCGGAUUUCAUCAGCGCACUCCACUCCAGGUCGAUCAAACAGGGUGGUUAAGAAAUCUUCGGGCGGUCGUCGGAACGCGUCCAACACGAUGGAUGAGCAAAUCUGACAGCGAAGAUUCGCGAUCGCCAGUUUGUUCCUCUUGUUUGGCCUCAUCCUAGGAUUAUGCAUGCUGCUGAUUCACGGUGGGAUCACUCCGGAGGGAAUCGUCCUGAGCCGCUUCCCCGGUCGCGACAGAC